UGUAUUCUCAUAGCAAAAUGACUGAUCAAGUAUUAUUAUUUUAUCAGCUACAAUUGGUUAAUAACAUAGUAAAUGCAUCCUGUUCCGUUUAUAAUUUAGUUUAUUAAUAAUUAAAUCACACAAUGUUUUAACAUCAUGUGCUGCAAAGAGCCACAGGAGACAAAGUAAAGAGCCACUUUGUGGCUUUCGAGCCUUAGUCUGUGUCACUGCUCUAAAUAUAUCUUUCCAACUUGCUCAUUCAUGUAGGAACUACUUGUUUGGAACCAUGAAAGGCCCCACCUAUAAUUCAUUUCCUUUCUACCUGAGCUGUUCUUUUGUCUUCGCUCUCCCCCACUCCCAAAAUAUGGACUACAAACUAAAAAAGUAAUCUGUUUGUGGCUUUUUAUGCUGAUGGUAAAAAGUUACUAUAGAACAGUUUAGCCCUUGUUGUAAACUUUGGACCCUAUUUGUGAAAACAGAUCAGUUGCCUUACUGUGAUUAUGUCACAUAGUUUAUAUGGAAGAACAGACAGCAUAGAGUGUUGUUCCUUGUUCUUUUACUCACUAAAUUCUUCUGUGGUUCACCAGACUUUGUGUAACUCAUAAGAGAAUAGAAAUGAAGAGACAUGCUCUAUUGCUGAUAACUGGCUUGUAAAGUAGUGAUUGACUCUUACGUGGAGAUUUUUCCACCAACUGGUUGUCAAGAUUGGAUGCUUUUCUAAAAGCUCUGCUCUAGGAAUUAUUUUGGGGAUGUUCUAUGGCCUGUGUUAUACAGGAGGUGAGAGAGAUGAUCACAAUGGUCCUUUCUGGCCUUGGAAUGUAUGAAUAAGCAGAACAGAGAACAGCACAUUGAAUAAGAAUAGAUUCUCUAAUUGAAAGUGAAGGUAUUCACUUAAUAUAUUUUGAUGGAGAGGAAAAAACAGACCUUUGGGGUUUCAUUUUGCCAGUGCUAUCUUGAGCACUUCAAAAGCUAUGUUUAAGCAAGAUUUUCUUCUAGGACUUGAUAUCUUGAUCAUGCUAGCAGGGAGAAAUCAAUUUUUAAAACAAAUACAAAUCUUUAUCCUCUUCAUAACCUGCAGAUGAAACAUGGCAUUUCUGUGAUGUGAAAUAUUCAGAAAAUGAAAGUGUACUCGGAUAACUGUGAACUUUCCUUCUUUUUUUAAAUCUUCAGAAAAAGCAGUUGACCAUCGGAAGGCAGUAUGUGAAGUUUAUUUCUAAACAAGAUGUUGCCUGGAGGACCAAAUAAACUUUUAUGAACCAUUGGAGCUGAAAGAUUAAUUACAUGACGUUAUUUUUGUCUCUUCACUGUGCAGUUCUAUAUCAAGUCAAUGUUGUUUUAUGUUAAAACCAAACAGUAGUCUCCUGACAUCAACAUGUCGUCUGUAACAAACACUCAGACUCUGGCAGACUUUGAUCCUCCUGUCCCUGAGGAAAAGUCAAAGGGGAAAUCAUUAUUUCAGCUGGGCCCUUUCUUUGCUAACAGGAGUGAGAAAAUUGUAAUUGCCAGGAGUGACAGUGUACCAGAAGAAAAUGUACUAAAAAUAACCAUCACCGAGACUACAGUCAUUGAGUCGGACUUGGGCAUCUGGAAUUAUCAUGCUCUGAUCUACCUCACACUGUGGUUUUUCUUUAGCUUUUGUACCCUUUUUCUUAACAAAUACAUCCUUUCACUACUGGAAGGAGAACCCAGCAUGCUAGGUGCUGUUCAGAUGCUUUCAACCACUUUCAUUGGCUGUAUAAAAAUGUUUGUUCCAUGCUGUUUGUACCAGCACAAAACACGUAUCUCUUACCCUCCCAAUUUCAUCAUGACAAUGUUGUUUGUUGGACUGAUGAGGUUUGCAACAGUGGUUUUAGGUCUAGUAAGCUUGAAAAAUGUGGCUGUUUCAUUUGCUGAAACAGUUAAAAGCUCUGCACCUAUUUUUACUGUCAUUAUGUCCCGGAUGAUUUUAGGGGAAUACACCGGAUUGCUGGUGAAUCUGUCUCUCAUUCCUGUCAUGGGAGGAUUAGCUCUAUGUACAGCCACUGAAAUCAGUUUCAACAUUCUGGGUUUUUCGGCAGCUUUGUCUACUAACAUCAUGGACUGUUUGCAAAAUGUUUUUUCCAAAAAGCUGCUCAGUGGAGACAAAUAUAGGUUUUCUGCUCCAGAACUUCAGUUUUACACAAGUGCUGCUGCAGUUAUUAUGCUCAUUCCAGCUUGGAUAUUUUUCAUGGAUGUGCCAGUGAUUGGGAAAAGUGGAAGGCGUUUCAGUUACAACCAGGAUGUCAUUGUACUGCUCCUAAUAGAUGGAGUCUUGUUCCAUUUGCAGAGUGUUACAGCAUAUGCCUUGAUGGGAAAGAUUUCUCCUGUAACUUUCAGUGUUGCUAGUACUGUGAAGCAUGCGUUGUCAAUCUGGCUAAGUAUUAUUGUGUUUGGUAACAAAAUUACAAGCCUCUCAGCCAUUGGGACAGUUCUAGUAACAAUUGGCGUGUUGCUAUAUAACAAGGCAAAGCAACAUCAACAAGAAACCAUACAAAGCCUGGCAGUGGCAGCCUCACAGAACACAACUGAAGAUACCAAGCCACUAAUAUCCAAGGAUUUAAAGCCAUAUGAGUGAUAUGGCUCUUAAUUCUUCCACCACAACCUGACAUAACUCAGAGGAACUCUGUCUUAAAUGGAUGCUAUCCUAGCCGUUGGCAAUGCUUGGUUUCUUUGAAUUCACAACAGGUGAAAGAAUGGACUUUACUGCAGAGAGGGAAAAAAGGAGAAGAUCCUAUAAGCCCUGGUUCACUAGAAACUGACAUGUAGAACAGAAGACCAAGAAUAAUCCAACAUGGUAAACAUUGGCUUCAUACUCCUUUCUUGACUCUGCAAUUAAAUAACAAGACUAUAUUGGAGAUAAAACUUCAGUUUCAGAUGGAAAAAUAACUUUUGCCCCAGCCCCACCAAAGUAAUGUGAUAACAUGACCCGUCCCUGUUUUCUGCAUGCUUGCAGUAGGAUGAAACUAGUGCAGAGGAAAAAAAUGUCUAGUUGCCACUCUUCUUAAACAUCCUAGACUGCCUGUAUGCAUGGAGAGGAUCUGGGAGAAAGCACUUUGAAAGACAAAAUCAGUCAUUUUUGUUUACACAGCUGUUGGUGUAAACUAUGAAAAUAGGCAGCUACUCUUGAGUAUAAAGCCAGCAAAGAGAAUUUGUGCUUUUCUUUGAAAUUUUCUAACAACUGGAGCAUUGCAGUUUGCCUGGGUACCGACCACAUUCAUGUUUCUGCAAAAAUGAAACACGCACACAUGCCUAUAAACUAGGAGUCAACACAAAUAACUAUAGUUGCUGUCAGGCAAAAACCACUGGAAAUUUUCAGAAAUAAAUGAGGCAUCAGCAUUUCUAUAGUAAGUACUGUCUUAAUUUUAGAAAUACAAAAGUUUCCUUUGCAUUGUAAUUUAUCAUAAAAUAUUUUUCAGACAAGAGGGGAAUGAGUUUUUUUUUUUUGUUUUGUUUUAAUCUAUAGGAGAGCAGUAAAAAAAAAUAGACUUCUUGAAAUUCGGGGUUACAACUCUGUCUUUAGCUCUUGUGCUCAAAUAUUUUAGUAUGGCCUGUUACAGUGAUAAGUUAGAAUGGAUAGAGUUUUAACCUUAAACUGAGAAUAUUCUGACGUCUGUUUCUUUUAAGUUUUUUUUUUUAAUUUUGCAUGAUAUAAUAUUAAAAAAAAAAACAGUGCUAUGAGAGAAAGAAGGAAGAAAGCUUCAGCUUCAUUUUGAUUAUUUCACUUUUAAAAAUUGCUAAAUCUUUCUUCAUUGUUGUCAGAAUUACAGCAUAGGCCUCUCUCUCCAUAGGGCAGCCAUGGUCAUCAAUCAAGAUUUAGAAAUUUCCUAUAGUAACCGGUAUAGUCCUGGUUUUACCUAAUGUUAGUGAAACCCAAAUCAGUGCCAUGAAGUACAGUGUAUAAUGCCAUAGGCAUGUCUAACUUUUACCAGACAAAAAUAUAGCAACUUGCUCUGUGGUACAGUCAGAUUUAUCUCUCAAACAAAGUGAUGGAUUGCUCACUCAUAUAGGGCUUUUAAUAUAAAAGAAAUUGCCCUUCCAACUGCAAACAAUAAGUGCUUUUCUCCAGUAAACGAAACCAUUAAACUACAAGUAACAAACCCAUACAAGAUGCAAUCUGGGGAUCAUGAAGAGUUUGGGCUAUGAAAAAUUUGGGAAUAAAAAACAAAGCUAAGGUAUUAUUCUCAAAGUGUUCAUCUUUUUUUUACCCCCUACACACUAAUGUUUGCACUAGCUUUAUGUCUGCCCAUCUGACAUGAUCUGGAGAGUGGCCUGUGCUGUAAGGUCAGGGAUAUUGGGAACACACCAAAACAAAGCUAUGCAUUGUUUAAAAAUCCAGUAGUUAAUGUAGAGUGGACGUGCUGCAAUAUAAAACUGUUUCCUUUUAGCUGUUAGAUAUAACUUGCAAUUGUAAUAGUCUCUUUAGACCUGUUUACUUAUUUGGGCAAAUCUGCUGCAUGUCUAGAUCUCUUUAGGGAAAUAAAAAAUUAAGCUUAGAGUUCUGUUUGACAAGAUGCUAGCUUCAGAAGAAUCUGUCUAUAUGAAAGAGCCCACCAUCUAUCCCAUAAAUAAAUUGAGCAUAGUCAGUAGAAUUUAUUGGACACAUUCUGCACAUAGCCAAUUGGCAUAUGUUUCCAGUCUGGCACUAUUUUUCUCAUCUACACAAGGGAUAAACAGAUCUGUAGCUCCAUUUUCCUUGUGACAGCUCAACAUCUAGCCAAAUAAACUACGUGAAUCAGCCAAAUUUCUGAUGAAUGUCAUCUAGAUGCAAAGUCAUAGGUAAAGCUGUGGACUAUGUGAGAUCAAGCUCAUUUUUAAGUUCUGCCUUCCAAUAGUUGACUUAGCGUUCUGCCAAGAAUUUACAGUUGCAAUUUCACUGAGAUUUUCAAAGUCCAGUAUCACUUCUUGGCUUACCUAAAGGUAGAUAAUUGUCAAUAAUUGUGCUCGGAACCAAUAUUUUAACUGUCUAGCAUAUUUUUUAUAGAAUGUACUUAUCUUCCAUGAACUGCCAUUCUAAGAUGUAAUAUAAGUGGCUUAAUGAAAGCAUUUGAUUUUUUUUUUUAAGCUUGUCCUGAUGUAAGUUACCCAAUGCAUUAUUUUCACUGCCAGUUUCUUUUUGGUUGCAUAUG